CUAUACUUUUCAAACCUCUUCAUAACACUUUCUCUUGUGCUAAGCAAGUAAGAAAAUAUGGCUGAAUUUGUCCUUAGUGUUGUUGCAAAGGGAUUAAUGGCCAAGGUGAUGUCACUAGCUAGUGAGCAUAUCGGUACUGCAUGGGGUGUCAAGGAGGAGAUAGGAAAGCUUCAAGUCUCAUUAACCAAGAUUCAAGCUGUUCUACAUGAUGCUGAGAAAAGGCAAGUAAGUGAUGAGUCUGUGAAGAUCUGGCUACUAGAGCUUAAAGAUAUAGCUUAUAAAGCCGACAAUGUGCUAGAUAAGUUUGGCUAUGAGAUUCUUCGACAAAAGGUGGAGACUCAAAACAGAAAGAAGGUACGCAACUUCUUUUCAACCUCCAAUCCUAUUGUAUUCCCCUUUAAGAUGGGAAGCAAAAUAAAAAACAUCAACCAAAUGUUGGAUAGAAUUAAGACUGAUGUAACUCUCCUUGGCCUUAGAGAGUCUUUGAACCCAAUACCCAAGAUCGGUCUAGAUCGGGAGACAGACUCUUUUAUUGAUGAUUCGGAAGUUGUAGGCCGAGGAGAUGAUGUCUUAAAAAUUGUCAACUUGUUGAUUGGUGCAAAUAAUCAACAAGUUAUCUCUGUUAUUCCUAUUGUGGGUAUGGCAGGUCUUGGAAAGACAACUAUAGCAAAAUUAGUUUACAAUCAUGAACUAGUAAAGAAACAUUUUGAUGUGAAGAUAUGGGUAUGUGUAUCUGAUAAUUUUGAUGUUAAAAGGAUUUUAAGAGAGAUUCUUGAAAUCCUUGAGAAUAAUUGUAGUGGGUUAGAAAAUAAAAAUACAAUACUUAAACACCUUCAAAAGAAGUUGUUGGGAAAAAGAUAUCUUCUCAUACUUGAUGAUGUGUGGAAUGAAGAUAGUGAGAAAUGGGAUAGUUUAAGGAGUAGUUUGUUGGCAAUUAAUCAAAAUAAUGGAAAUAACAUUAUUGUAACUACUCGUAAUGACAAUGUGGCACAAAUCAUGGAGACAAGUCCUAGACAUAAAUUGGAAAAACUAUUAGAAGAUGAAUGUUGGUUACUAUUUAAAAAAAAGGCAUUUGCAAAUGAAAGAAUUCUAGUAACUCUAGAUUUGGAGGAUAUUGGAAGAAAGAUCGCUAAAAGAUGUGGAGGGAAUCCACUGGCUGCAAAAGUUUUAGGAGGAAUGAUGCGGUUCAAAGAGGACAAAAGUGAAUGGCUAGCGAUUCAAAAUAGUAAAACUUGGGAGUCAAUGGAGGACAAUAAUGGAGUCUUUCCAACAUUAAAGUUAAGCUUUGAUCAUCUCCCAACACCAUUUCUAAAACAAUGUUUUGCAUAUUGUUCAAUUUUUCCCAAGGAUUUUGUUAUUGAAAAGAAAGUACUAGUUCAACUCUGGAUGGCUGAAGGAUUCCUUCAAACAUCUAAAACAUGUUUUUCGGAGAUGGAGGAUAUUGGCAACAAGUAUUUUGAUUUGUUAUUGGCAAACUCCUUAUUUCAAGAUCCAGAAAAGGAUUUUUUUGGUGAUAUUACAAGGUGCAAGAUGCAUGAUCUUGUGCACGAUCUUGCGCUCUCAAUUUCGGAAGGAGAAACCUUGCAUUUGGAGGGAAAUUUGGGGGAUGACAUUGAUGCCUCUCAUAUUCGACGUUUAUCUCUUAAAUCUAAUGACCAUAUGACACAUGCAAUCCCAUUAUCUAAAGAUGGCAUGGGUAGGUUACGCACAAUUUUUUUGAAUUGUGUUGAUCUUGGCGACAAGUUAUUGGAGUUUAAAUAUGUACGUGGUCUAUCGCUAUCUGGGUCAUGUAUAAAAGAGCUACCCAACUCCAUUGGUAAGUUGAGACAUUUAAGGCUUCUUCGCAUUGAGGACACCUACAUCAAAUUAAUACCCAAUUCUGUUACCAUGCUCUACAACUUGCAAACUCUAGUAAUCAAGAAUUGUUGUUAUCUCGAAGAGCUUCCAAAAGAUCUACGAAACUUGAUUAACUUGAGACAUAUGGACAUUGACACUGCCGUUGGCUUUGACUUUCUUUCUAGGUUCAGAAUGAAGAAAUUGCCGAUUGAUUUGGGCCGGUUGACUUGCCUUCAAACAUUGCCUUUCUUUCACAUUGGUCAAGACGUUGGUGGUCAAAUUGAAGAACUGGGAUGCUUAAGCCAACUUAGAGGAGAAUUACGUAUUCACAAUCUAGAGCAUGUGAGAGAUAAAGAAGAAGCCAAAACUGCAAAUUUAGCGGUAAAAUCAAAAGUACACAAAUUGGGAUUCUAUUGGAGUUGGUGUAGAGGGGAAGGCAACAACAAUGACGAGGAUGUAAUGGAAGGCCUUCAGCCUCACCCAAAUUUGAAAAGCUUAAAGAUAGAAAAAUUCAAUGGUGAGAAGUUCCCUUCGUGGCUAUUGGGGAGUGAUAAUAUUAGGGGUGGCUUGUUACUUUUCGAUCAUCUAUUGGAGAUUCGCUUAAACUCCUGUAGGAAGUGUGAAAAAAUUCCUACACUUGGACAUUUACCCAGUCUCAAAGUUCUUGAUAUAAUGGAAAUGUAUAACGUGAGAUGCAUAGGAACUGAAUUUUACAGCAGUUAUAAUGGUGAGGGAUCGAGUAAUAGUAGAGGUGGCAGUGGCAGUGGCAGCACCGUGUUGUUCCCUGCUUUGGAAACACUUGUUUUGGAGGGCAUGAGUAAUCUAGUAGAAUGGACGGAAGCAACAGCAGAAAUGGGAAUGAUAUUUCCUCGCCUUCAGAAAUUGAAGGUUGCGGAAUGCGGGGAACUAACAAGUGCUCCACGUCAUUUUCCGUCUAUUAAGAAAUUAAUUAUUUACAGAAUCACAGGCCUAGCAUUUGAAAAGAUUAUUAGCGAGCUUACCACACUCACAUCCAUCCAGAUUCAGAAAGUUUCAGAACUUGCUUGUCUGCCACAGCAUUUUUUGCAAAAAAAUACAAGUCUCAUGGAUUUGAAUAUAUGGAAUUGUGCUGAUUUGGAGUCAAUCUUGCCACAUGAGCAUGUAUGGCCCAUCUGCACCUCUCUCCGAUCACUCUCUAUACAUGGCUGUGACCAACUGAGUACAUUGCCAGAUGCACUGCACAACCUUCAUUGCCUUGAGGGUAUUGAUGUAAAUUGCUGUAGUAACCUGAGGUCCUUUCCAAGUAUACAAGGUAUCGCAUCCCUUCUUCAACACUUGCGGAUAUCCUGUAGUGAUGUAGUUCUACCAACUGGGCUACAAUCCUGUAUGUCUCUUCAAUAUUUGAAUAUAUGCAAUUGCCCUCAUCUGAUAUCAAUUCCAGAUCUACGAAAUUUGCAUUCUCUUAUCCAUUUAGAAAUUGACAGUUGCCCUAAUCUGAUAUCGAUUCCAGAUCUGAAAGACUUGCCUUCUCUUACCCGAUUAAAAAUUAGGAGUUGUUCUAAAUUGAAAUCAAUUCCAGAUUUAAAAGAAUUGCCUUCUCUUACCGGAUUAGAUAUUUGUGAUUGUUCUGAUUUGGUAUUGAUUCCAGAUCUAAAAGAAUUGUCUUCUCUUACCCAACUAAAAAUUUCUGGUUGUCAUAAUCUGAUAUCAAUUCCAGAUAUACGUCAACUUCGUUCUCUUACCCAAUUAGGUAUUCGCCGAUGCCAAAAUAUGAGGUGUGUGCCAGAUGGAUUAGAGUGCCUCACCCGCUUGGAGUGUUUGUGGAUCGGUGACUUUUGUCAGGAGUUAAAUUCUUUCCCAAGUCUCAAUUCCAUCCAACACUCACAUGCGCCCCUUCAAAGAUUACAUUUGUAUGGAUGGGAUAGUCUCAACUCUCUCCCAGAGGCAAUUAAAUACUCCACUGCCCUUCAAAUUCUAGAAAUAUCUGAAUUUGGUGAAAUCAUCUCUUUGCCUGACUGGUUAGGCAACCUUUCUUCUAUUCAAGAGCUAUAUAUUUACAAUUGCAAGAACCUGAUGUAUCUGCCCAAAACGCAAGCCAUGCGACGUCUCAUCAAACUAGAACAACUAUCCAUUUUUCAAUGCCCCAAAUUGGAGGAAAGAUGUGCACAAGGGAGUGGCGCAGAGUGGUCUAAGAUUGCCCAUAUUCCGAAAUUUUCUUCUAAUGCUUGGAUGGAUCAUUAUAAUUCAUAGCACAGUUUAAAACAAUUAGGAAUGCUGCUAUGAUUACAAGCUCGCCCCAAUUUGCACACCAGCACAGAGUGGUCUGAAAUUGAUGGAAAAUCUAUUGAAGGUUUGUAGCGCAGAUUGAUCCUAGACAGAUGAGUGAAACAGGAGGCACUCUGAAGAUCAUAUAGAUUUUUAAAUAUUAAAAGUGAUGAGUGCGGGGAUGGCAUACCCAUUGUGUUCUGCUCCAGGAAAAUGGAAAGUUCAUAACUCAAAAGAGCUAAAACUGCAAAGCAUUUAUUGUCCCCAUCUAAAGGAAGGAUGUGUGAAGGGAAAGAGCCAAGUGGUCCUAAAUUUGCACGAAGAAAAUAAGUUUGCCAAAUGUUAUGGAUAUACCUGGCCACAAUAUAUAAAAUGGAUAAGGAAGGAAAUAUAAUGCCUCACCAUAUAGUGGAAACUGCAGAUUUUUGUUGUCCCCCAUUAAAAGGAUGUGCCAAGGGAAAAUUGAAAAGAGCCAGGGUGGUCCAAGAUUGUCCAAAUACAAUACAAAUAGAAAGAUUGUUCAUAUUUUGUCAUAGAAAUUCAUUGGGAUAGUUUCAGGUACUCAUUUUUUAGCCGGGAGAAUUGAGAUCUACUUAAGUACAAAUAGUUGCAGGGCUAUUUUGUAGUUAUUUUCAACUGGGAGGAUAGUUCAAAUCUAUUUGGAACAAGUCGAGAGUUGAAGAUUUCAGAAAACAUUUCUACAAAACCAGCUACUUUCAAGCCAAAAUUGGAAGGUCAACUCCUAUUUUGAUAAAAUUUCAAAAUGCUGGUCCUGACAAAGAAAGCCUCGUGUUGACUGGUGUUGCUUUGAAAUCCCUCUCCAUUUGCACGGAUGGUAGGACCCACUUCGUGAGAUCUUUUCUAGUUUUUAUUGUUAUUGUUGUAAUCCAAGAAUGGCUUCUUCUUCUUCUUCUUCUUUUUUGGUCUUUGUAAACUCUAGCAUUUGUUCUAGAAAGAUUGUUAUAAACACAUUAUUCUAUAGUGGAAGAUUUUACUGGACUAGGUCCCGUGGUUUUUCCCUUCCCAUUGAAGGGUUUUCCACGUAAAAAUUUGGUGUCUUGAUUGUGGGUUGUUUCUACACUUUUAUUUUUUUUAAUUUUAAAUAUUGGUUAUCAUGUUUUGCUA